AUGGCACCAGCUAUUGGUAUCGACCUGGGCACGACAUACUCGUGCGUAGGUAUUUUCCGUGAUGACCGAAUCGAGAUAAUUGCCAAUGACCAGGGCAACCGCACCACUCCCUCCUUCGUUGCCUUUACCGACACAGAGCGUCUCAUUGGUGACUCGGCCAAGAACCAAGUCGCCAUGAACCCCAGCAACACAGUCUUCGACGCAAAGCGUAUGAUUGGACGCAAGUUCGCAGAUGCUGAAGUGCAGGCCGAUAUGAAACACUUCCCCUUCAAGGUCGUUGACAAAGCGGCCAAGCCAGUCAUCCAAGUCGAGUUCAAGGGCGAGACGAAAUCUUUCACCCCAGAAGAAAUCUCCUCAAUGGUGUUGACCAAGAUGAGGGAGACUGCGGAAUCAUACCUGGGUGGCACUGUCAACAACGCUGUUGUCACUGUCCCCGCAUACUUCAACGACUCUCAGCGUCAAGCCACCAAGGACGCUGGUCUGAUUGCUGGUCUGAACGUUCUCCGUAUCAUCAACGAGCCCACCGCGGCAGCCAUCGCCUAUGGUUUGGACAAGAAAGCCGAGGGUGAGCGAAAUGUGCUCAUCUUCGAUCUGGGUGGAGGAACCUUCGACGUCUCUCUCCUAACCAUCGAGGAGGGUAUCUUCGAGGUCAAAUCCACUGCUGGUGACACUCACUUGGGUGGUGAGGACUUCGACAACCGUCUGGUCAACCACUUCGUCGGGGAGUUCAAACGAAAGCAUAAGAAAGAUCUAUCUUCCAACGCCCGUGCCCUGCGUCGUCUCCGAACUGCUUGCGAGCGGGCCAAGCGAACUCUCUCCUCAUCAGCACAAACCUCGAUCGAGAUCGACUCACUCUUCGAGGGCAUUGACUUCUAUACCUCCAUCACUCGUGCUCGUUUUGAGGAGCUCUGCCAAGAUCUCUUCCGCUCCACCAUGGAGCCCGUUGAGCGUGUCCUCCGCGAUGCCAAGAUCGACAAGUCCUCGGUUCACGAGAUGGUCUUGGUCGGUGGUUCUACUCGUAUCCCCAAGGUCCAGAAGCUUGUGUCCGACUUCUUCAACGGCAAGGAGCCGAACAAGUCAAUCAACCCCGACGAGGCUGUUGCGUACGGUGCAGCCGUCCAGGCAGCCAUCCUUUCCGGCGAUACAUCAUCCAAGUCCACCAACGAGAUUCUCCUCUUGGACGUUGCGCCAUUGUCCUCCGGUAUCGAGACCGCUGGUGGUGUCAUGACUGCGCUCAUCAAGCGCAACACCACUAUCCCCACCAAGAAAUCUGAGGUCUUCUCCACCUUCUCGGACAACCAGCCAGGUGUGCUUAUCCAAGUCUUCGAGGGUGAGCGUGCCCGCACCAAGGACAACAACCUGCUCGGAAAGUUCGAACUCUCCGGUAUCCCACCUGCGCCUCGUGGUGUCCCACAAAUCGAGGUUACCUUCGAUCUCGAUGCCAACGGAAUCAUGAACGUCUCUGCUCUUGAGAAGGGCACCGGUAAGACCAAUAAGAUCGUCAUCACCAACGACAAGGGCCGUCUGUCAAAGGAAGACAUCGAGCGUAUGUUGUCUGAAGCUGAGAAGUACAAGGCUGAGGAUGAGGCCGAAUCUGCUCGUAUCUCCGCCAAGAACGCACUCGAAUCAUACGCAUACUCAUUGCGCAACACUAUCGGUGAUCCCAAGGUCGACGAGAAGCUCGAUGCUUCAGAGAAGGAGACUCUCAAGGCCGAGAUCGAUAAGACUGUCAACUGGUUGGAUGACAACCAGACUGCUACGGUAGAAGAAUACGAAGGCCAACAAAAGCAGCUUGAAGGUGUUGCCAACCCUAUCAUGGUUAAGAUGUAUGGUGGCGCUGGCGGCGAGGGUGGUAUGCCAGGCGGUAUGGGUGGUAUGGGUGGCAUGCCAGGUGGAGGAAUGCCCGGCGGUGGCUUCCCAGGUGCUGGUGGCCCUGGUGGUGCAGCUGGUGGCGAUGACGGACCAACCGUUGAGGAGGUCGAUUAA